CGAACUCAAUAUUUACUACCAUCAUGUCUGUCUAGGCUACACUUUCUUUCCGUAACAUUCGGCAUUAUCAUUAAUUAUCUCUUUCAUAUAUUUCGUCAUUAUUUCGCAGCGCUUGUGUGUUAUAACGAUCGAGUCACGAGUGGUGCUGACUGCAAGUGACUCAUCAUGUCUGUUCUUGCACCCUGGGUCGACCAGAACAUUUACACUGUUCCAUCGUUUGCUCUUGAGAAUGGGAGGAUAUUGCGGGAGGUCCCGGUUGCCUACAAGACUUGGGGAAAAUUGAAUGACACUAGAGACAACGUUAUGAUCAUAUGUCACGCAUUCACUGGCAGCGCAGACGUAGAAGAUUGGUGGGGCCCCCUUAUCGGACGCGGGAAGGCCUUCGACCCCAAUCGCUUUUUCAUUUUCUGUGCUAAUGUUAUGGGCUCACCAUAUGGAUCGGCCUCUCCUGUGACAAUUAAUCCGGAGACAGGGAAACCUUAUGGCCCAGAAUUUCCUCAGACAUCGAUACGUGAUGACGUGCGGCUGCACAAACUUGUUCUUGAUAAUUUGGGGGUGUCUAGUGUUGCUGUAGCCAUCGGAGGCUCUAUGGGCGGAAUGGCUGUACUUGAAUGGCCUCUGUGCAGCCCCCGGGGUUACGUCCGCCAUAUCAUUCCUUUGGCUACGUCUGCGCGGCACUCUGCUUGGUGUAUCAGUUGGGGAGAGGCACAACGUCAAAGCAUUUAUAGUGAUCCGCUUUACGACGACGGGUACUAUGCAACACAACCUUCAACAGGAUUGGCUGCUGCUCGAAUGGCCGCACUUUUAACCUAUCGGUCGCGCGACUCUUUCGAGAGUCGCUUUGGACGUCGCCCUCAAGUUCUCCCUGUCACGGAGUCUAGCGCUGUCACACCCUCUUCUAUUACACUUGCUGAUAAGGAUCUCGCUGCUCAUAAUGAGGGUCACAAAAAAGUGACCCGCGCACGCCCCCAAACUCAAACCUCAGCCGCAUCAUCUCUGUCCCAUUCUCCAACAGAAGGGCCGAACGGCACGGGUUCUGACUCGCCCCCUCCACCUUUCUCAGCUCAAUCGUACUUGCGUUAUCAAGGCGCCAAAUUCGUAGCGCGUUUCGACGCUAAUUGUUACAUCCAUAUCACCCGCAAGAUGGAUACGCAUGAUGUCGCUCGAGGACGGACUUCCACUACUGAAGACCCUCCAUCACCGACAGCACAAUCAACCGCCCUCGCCGCUGUCAUUGCAACUCUCCCUCCGCGUGCAUUGGUGAUCAGUGUAGAAACGGACGGCUUGUUCACUCCUUCUGAACAAAAGGAGCUCGCGACACACAUACCUAAUGCAGAACUUGUUGUCAUCCCAUCACCUGAUGGCCACGACGGCUUCCUCCUUGAAUUCGAGCAAAUCAAUACCCAUGUUCUCAGAUUCCUUAGGAGGGAGUUUCCAGAUCUAUAUAUGAGAGAUGAGGAGGAUAUUCCCGAGGGGGACUUUGCGAUCAAGAAGACGAGCCUGUUUGGAGAGGCUGAGGCAGAUAUUACGAGGUGGUAGGGGUCGCUCAACCGAUUACACUUCACCAUGUUUGUGGGUCUUGUGAGGGGGACGUGUCUAAACCUGUGUUCCCCGGUGUCCUGGAUAAAGGAAUAGAUGGUUGAGAGGGGCGGGUCUACUCGCCCUAGCGUCAAUGCCAGUAGUACAAAUUGAAUACGUACAUUAGGUAUCAUAUACAGGUUUAUAUGCCAACAUAGCCGUCUGUCAAAAAUCCUGCGGACUGUUGGUUUGAUCAUACAUGAUGGUGGGUGGUCGUUUG